AUGUCCAAGUAUCUCCUCACCGAGCCCUCGCCCUCCACAACCUCGUACGUCCGCUGCGGCCGCGGCGGCGCCGGCAACACCUUCCGCGCCUCGUCCUCCGAAGCCCGCACCACCGCCGUCUCCCCCACUGCGAAAAAGACGCCCUCCUCCGGCCGCUUCUUCAGCGGCAUCGGCGGCGCCGGCAACGCCCACCCGGCCGCCGAGCUCCCCUCCGCAGCGGCGUCCCUCGACGACGCCCUUCGCCACGCCGCCAAACGGGACAACGCCCCCGUCGGCUACUGCGGCCGAGGGGGUGCCGGCAACAUCUACCGCCGCAAGGACAGCGACGCCGCCUCGGCCUCGACCGCCUCCAGCGCGGCCAGCGUCAAGAGCAGCAUGAGCUCGACGGCCAACCUGUGGAAGCGCGUCAGCGGCUCCUUCGGACGAGACUGA